AUAAAAUAAAAAUAAUAAAAAUCUACUAUGAAAACAAAUUUUGUGUUAGUGUUAGGUUAAGUCAAUGAAAUGGAUCAAAUAUUCAAGAUUUUACGUAUACAUUCAAAUAGUUACGUAAAAAUCAAUGAAAGUCAGUCAAGUCUUGUCAGUUCUAAGCAUAUUAAUAUUCAAAAGUAUCUGAAUAUUAAUUUGAAAAAUUCAUGAAAUACAUUCUAUUAAAGACAAUAAAAUAAGAUACGUAAAUAUGAUUUUUUCACGUUAUAUUAAAAAGUUAGAUCGAGCAACGAAAGAAAAAAUACGAUUAAGAUUAGCUAUGGCUUAUGCAAUAAUAGCAUGGAAUGGAUUUGCAAUUGGUUUAUACAUGUUAUCUAAUGGACGACAUGAAACUUCGGAUACACCGAAAGGUUUAACCAGAGUACUUGAUUCCAAUACAGAAGCAAGUAAAGUUAUUCGGAUAAAAGGAUUUAAUAUAGUAGAAAAUACUGUAUAUGAUAAAAACAAACUUGAUGAAAUUCGUCAUAAUAUAAACAGUCAUAAUAAUACUCCUGAUGAUGAAGAUUCUGACUUCUAAAUUUUAUUAUAAAGCAUAAUAAUAAGAGGAUAGAUGUAUAUAAUAAUAAAAUAUAAUUAAAAUAAUAA